AUGAAGAUCACUCUACUCCUCUGCCUCACCCUGGUUGCACAGGGCUAUAGCAGUGUCAGUGCCGGGAUCUCGGAUGCAGAGUUGAAAUCCCUGUCAGAGAAGCUGUUCUCUCUGGACUAUAACAGAGCCACCUCCUCUCAGAUCACCCUCAACUUACAAAAACUCAUCUCCUCCUCAGAGACCGGCGCCCAGAUCGACUACUCCUCUCGCCCUCUGUUCCAGUAUGUGAAUGAGGCCACUCUCUUCUCCAAGCCCACCUACAAAGCCCUCAUUAAUCUGCUGGACAACUACCAGCGAACCACGGGUGUGACAGAGAGCUUCAGCUCCCAGCAGCUUUCAGAACAGGACACUUUCCUCAGAGAGGCCAUUAGCUACACCACAGUGGGAAAAGAGCUCUAUGCAUUCCUCAACAGCAAAGGUAUUUACAGAUCAGUGAGCGACUUCAUUUACGACCUGAAAAUGAUGUGGUUCGGACUGUACUCUCGCUAUAACGGAAAAAUGGACUCCAGUGGCUUUGAGCACAUCUUUGCAGGGGAAAUUAAGGGUGGGAAGGUGUCUGGCUUCCAUAACUGGGUGCAGUUUUACCUGCUGGAGAAACGCGGACUACUGAACUAUUACAGCCACAGCUUUAACGGACCUUGGACAUCGUACCCAGACGUGUUGGGGAUGCAGUUUAACUGGGACGGCUACUAUAAGUCAGUGGGCUCAGCCAUCAUUGGUGCAAGUCCUGAGUUUGAUCUUGCCAUGUACAGCCUCUGCUACAUUACACGCCCUGGAAAACGGUGUUACCUGAGUCUUGGAGGAAAAUCUCUAACCAUUCAGACCUACACCUGGGAAAACUCCAGUUAUGGAAAUGGAAAGAAAUACAUCGCCUCUGCAUACCCUGCCACGCCCUAG